AUGCAGAUCCUUUUAAAAUAUAGAAUGCUGGAUUGUAAGAGCAACAAAAGUUCAAGCGUCUGGUCGGGUGGUUCGUGCUGUGUGGCGUUAGCUCGAUGCGAAUCGACGAUUGCUUCGGGCCACGUGGACGGCACCAUAUAUUUGAACGGACGGCUGCUGUUCCGAUAUGCGUUGCCACCCACCGCUAUGUUGCUAUUGCUUCCUUAUUUGAUCGUGGGUUCUUGUGAUGGACGCAUUUCUGUUUACGAGGCGCAGCGGGGAGCUUUACUGCGUAGUCUGGAGCCUCAGCUGCCGCCUGACCGAAGAGACUUUAUGGCCGCAGUCCCUAGCCCUUCCGGACAAACUGUUGCUUUCGGCUUUUUCGACGGCUGUUUAGUGGGCGAAGUAAAGGAUACCGGCAACAUAGAGCUGACUCCACACAACAUUCCCAACUUUUACGCAACGAGAGCACUUGCCUGGAGCGGCGACGGCACUAAGUUAGCGCUUGCCUCACAGACCGGCGCUGUUAUACAGCUUGAAGCUGUGCUUCGACGUUGGAUAUGGCGCGAUACUGUAGAAGUUCAACACGUGAGUCCCCGCCAGCUCGUGCUGACCAGGCUCGCUAAUGACGCGCCGCCGGUGACGGUCACGUCCAAGCAAGCGCCCGAUAUAUUCAAUGUUCGUUUUAUUGGCAAUGAUUGGUAUGCAGUGUGUCGUACUAGCUCCACUUUGAUUCUCUGCGAUAUAGCGCGCGGGUUAACAAGUGAGAUUCCGUGGUCGGGCGGAGGCGAGCGUAUCUAUGCAGCAGUAGGGGGCGCGUGCCUCAUACAUCGCGCUGGUGAACUUAGCGUGGUUGAAUACGGACUAGACAAAGUGCUACACACCGAGACUAUUGCGCGAGGAGCAAGUUUCGUGCAAUGGAUUGAAAACAGUGAUGCAGUUGUGGCACAGACGCAAACUCACUUGCUUAUAUGGUACAGUGCAUGGGAGCCGGGCAGUGUCGAAAUUGUAGAGUGCGAAGGAGGCAUCGCGGUGCAAGUGAGUGCUCGCCGCGUCAUUUUAGAGGGUGGGCAGCUACCGUACGUGCAACUUGAUGAACAUCGCCUCGCAUUCAAUAGUGCCCUACGUAGUGAUGAUCUGAGCACUUGCGCAAAAUACCUGGACAGUGUCGCUGGCAGCGCGGACGUGACAGUUUUGUGGCGACAAUUGGCAGAGACAGCACUGUCGAGUAACGAUAUUCAGCUGGCCGCGAAGUGCUACCGCGAGGCAGGCGACGAGGCGCGCUCGAUGUUCCUCGACAAGGCGCUUGAGCUGGCCGCGGCGCAAGGAGACGGGGACUUCAACGCUGGUUUGAAAAGCCCACUGGUUCAGGCUCAGCUUGCUAUUUUGUCGGGUGAUCUGUCCGCCGCCGAAGAGAAUUACGUGAAGAGAGCCUCUAGACCUGACCUGGCCGUAGAUAUGUACAAGCAGUUCAGUAUGUGGCCGGAAGCCAUCGCUGUCGCCGAAAAAUACGACCCAGCCUCUGUGCCUACAAUGAAACAGCAGUAUAUGGAGUACUUGAUGUCGUCUGGUCGCGUGGGCGAGGCGGGCGAGGUGGUGGCGGGCGGCGGGGACGCGGCAGGCGCGGUGCGGCUGUGGCUGCGCGCGGGCCGCGUGCGCCGCGCCGCCGCCGCGCUGCUGGCGCACCCCACGCUGCUGCGCGACGAGCAGCUGCUGCACGCCGUGCUCACACGCCUCCUGCAGGAAGAGUGGUGGGAGUUGGCUGGUGAAUUAUCGGAGAAAAAGGGUGACAUUAAAUCUGCCGUGGAAUAUUACGCCAAAGGACACAAUUAUGCAAGAGCUGUCCAGCUAGCAAGAGAGGCGUGUCCGUCGGAGGUGACGCGGCUGGAGCGCGCGUGGGGUGCGUGGCUGGUGGGCGCGCGACAGGCGGGCGCGGCCGUGCCGCACCUCAUCGAGGCGGGCGACACGCGCGCCGCGCUCGACGCAGCUUUGCGCGCCCACGCCUACAAAAAAGCGCUGCACAUCGUGCAGGUUAUAGAAGACAAAGGUUCAAUACGAGAACAAUGCGAACAAUUAGGCGAUCACUACAUUUCUACACAGAAGUAUUAUGAUGUGCCACAGGAUUGGGAGACAGCAGAAAGGGUGCUGACUUCAUGCGGCAUGGCUGAUCGUUGUGUUAAAGCCUACAACAACGCAGGUCGUAUAGCAGACGGCCUACGUCUAGCUGCUUCUCAGCUCACAGAGGACGAAACAAGAGAAAUUUAUUUGCCUCUAGCUCAACAAUUGAGAGAGGAUGGACAACUAAGGAAAGCCGAGCAAAUUUACAUUGGACUUGGGGAGCCAGAUGAGGCUAUAUCUAUGUAUAAGGAGGCAUCUCAAUACGAAUCUAUGCUGAGGCUGGUAGCCGCUCAUCGUAGCUCACUACUGGAAGCUACAAGACGUCACGUUGCGCAGGCGCUACAUGCAUCCGGUGAUUUGAGAGCUGCUGAAACGUAUUACAUUCAAGCGGGGGAAUGGAAGAGCGCGAUCCAGAUGUACAAGUCGUGCGGGCAGUGGGAGAGCGCAGAGCGCGUGGCGCGCGCGCAUGCACCCGCCGCGGUGCAGCAGCAGGUCGCGCUGCAGUGGGCCGCCGGCCUGCCGCCGCCCGCCGCCGCACGCCUGCUGGCUGCGCGCGGGCUCGCCGCCGUCGGCGUGCGCUGGGCGCUGCAAGCGGGCAGAUGGGAGAUCGCGAGCGAGCUGAGCGAUUUAGGCGGCGGCGUGUCGCGGCGCGAGGUGGCGCAGCACGAGGCGGCGGCGCUGGCCGACGAGCAGCCGGAGCGCGCGGAGGCGGCCUUCCUGCGUGCCGGCGCCGCGGACCGCGCCGUGCGCAUGUGGCUAGCUCGCGAGCAGCACGCGCGCGCGCUUGCGCUCGCCGAGCGCCACGCGCCGCAUAUGGUACGCGCGAAUUAA